AUGGACCUGGAUCCGGCACAGAACAAGACGAGACAAAAGACGGAGACAGACAGAGACAGACGGAAGCCGUCGAAACUUGAGGACAACACGGGCAUCGUUUUUUUCUCUUUCUUUCCUGUCCCUCCACAGCACCCCCCCCCCCCCCCCCCCUUCCCCUCGUACCGCGCCGCAUCUUGUUUGCGCGAGACACAGACGGGCGUCGCGGCGGGUCAACUGGAGAGCGCUGUUGCUGAGCGGCCGAACCCAAAGCACCGACCCUAUCGCCGCCUGGCAUCGGCCUCUAUGUACUACUCGUACUACUCGUACUACUCGUACUUUAACUACUGGGCAUACAACGGAGUACCGUACACAGGACGGAGGGAAUCCGGUGCAAGCAAGUACCCGCCCAUACACUUUGGCACAGCAGCUGGCGAGACAUGGGGCAUUCAUUGGGCUGAGAGGAGCGCCACUCUUAUGCAUCGCUGCUUGGUAUCAGGUAGUCUAUGUACAGCCGCUCUGGAGCUGUUUGCUUUGCUUUGUGCUGAUUUUGCCUCGUUUGAGCUGGGAAUGCGACGGUACUGGGACUGUACCUAUGUACUGCCACGAGGGGAUCUGCAAAGGGAAUACGGAGUAUAUGUACUCGUACUGUAUUACAGCAAAGUACCUACGCUCGAGCUCACUAACAUCCACCAGACAGAACAGACAGAGAGCAGCAUCAACUCUCCAGGUACAUACGAGUACAGUGCCGAGCCUAGCCCAGCUGUAUUACUCUACGUAGUACUCCUCCCUCUGUGUUUACAUGUGCCAUUACCUGCUUCUUCUUCUUCUCCUCCUCCUCCUCAACCCAACAUCAAGCCAGGCUGCCCGAGUGACAUGCCCAAUGACGACAAAACCCAUGACCUCGCAAAAUACUGCCCUGAAGGAAUGCUGCUACUCAAGACCCGCUGCCAACAAGGCUGUCCAACUGACGGCGGCCUCUACACAGUCUCCGAGAUGAUGGCCACACCACCAUGCCAAUGCGGCCCAGCUAGCGCCGUCGUUCUCUCAAACUCGGAAAAGUACCGUCGUCCUCUCAUAUAA